UCCUCCCCCUACACACACGGGGAGAGUUGCUCCUACAGCUGCCAUUCUGGGUACACUCGGGUCUCCGGCAGCACCACCAGGACCUGCUCUGAUGGCUACUGGACUGGGACUAACCUGGUCUGCAGGAGAGCUUGCCCCUCACCACCAACUACAACCAACACCUACAUGAGUGGCUGUUUCUCUCCCUACACACACGGGGAGAGUUGCUCCUAUUACUGCAGUCAUGGAUACUCUCAAGUCUACGGCAGUACCACUAGGACAUGCCGGUAUGGCAUCUGGACUGGGACCAACCUGGUCUGCAGGAGAGAUUGCCCCGCACCACCAACCCUGUCCUACACCUCCAGAAGCGGCUGCUCCUCUCCCUACACACACGGAGAGACUUGCACCUACAGCUGCCGUUCUGGGUACACUCCGGUCUCUGGCAGCACCACCAAAACCUGCUCUGAUGGCAGCUGGACUGGGACCAACCUGGUCUGCAAGAGAGAUUGCCCCGCACCACCAACCCUGUCCUACACCUCCAGAAUCGGCUGCUCCUCUCCCUACACACACGGAGAGACUUGCACCUACAGCUGCCGUUCUGGGUACGCUCGGGUCUCCGGCAACACCACCAGGACCUGCUUGUAUAGCCACUGGGCUGGGACCAACCUGGUCUGCAGGAGAGUUUGCUCCUCACCACCAACUCCGACCAACACUUCCAUGAGUGGCUGUUUCUCUCCCUACACACAUGGGGAGAGUUGCUCCUUCUACUGCAGUCAUGGAUACACACAAGUCUACGGCAGCACCACCAGGACCUGCUCUAAUGGUCACUGGACUGGGACCAAUCUGGUCUGCAGGAGAGAUUGUCCUGCUUCACCAACCCUGGGUAACACCUACCGAAGCGGGUGUUACUCCCCCUACACACACGGGGAGAGGUGCUUCUACAGCUGUCGCUACGGGUACAUUCGGGUCUCCGGCAGCACCACCUGGACCUGCUUUAAUGGCCACUGGGUUGGGACCAACCUGGUCUGCAGGCGAACAGAGAGGUCAGAAUUUGUAGAACUUCAUCAAGAGGUUCAACAGCUGGCACGUGGCCUACCCGGGACUCUAGCGGAGCUGGGACUGACUAGUGUGGUGCAGCACGUACAGGAGCUGAAAACGAACGAAUACCUUGGGUGCUACCGGGAUGGCUCUCCUCACAGUUUUCCGAGAAAGGUGAUGACGUCAAGCGCCAUGACGACUGAGAGGUGCACAACAGCAUGCCGGAAUGCUGGCUACGCCUACGCUGCCACCGAGGCCUCGCGGAGCCGCUGGCGGCGCUUACAAGACUGCCACUGCGGAAGGGAGGCGGACUUCAACCGGCUGGGUCAGCGGGUGUGCGACAGUGAAUGUAACAGCCGUUGCCGUGGCAACAGGAAUCAGAAGUGCGGUGGGAGGUACAGAAUGUCCGUGUAUAAGAUCGACUCAGUUCCCGGUUGUGAGGGAGGCCCUAGGCAGGUCGGUAUCCACUGGUACGUGACAGGCACCACCACUAACCUGCAGUACCAGGGCAGCCCGCAAAACCGCCCAUUCGCCUUUUGUACUCAAGUUCUGGACAGGGAAACUGCCAUCCCCAUUCAAGGUACACUGGUGAACAUGACAGCAGACAUUCAGGCCUUCCCUAGUCAGUACCCAGCUACUAGUGCAGAGGGCAUGCCCGACCUGGUUCCAGACUACGCAGCUCUGCUAGCCUCCCUCCAGGCCCCAGGGCAGAGGCUAAUGAUAGGCACAGACACCGUGUUGGAGCUGGACCAACACUUCUCCAUCAAGUCCCACUCAUGUAGUCUGGAGUACAACCCUGGUAUAAACGGGCAGUCAGGAAGACCGAUAACGAUGAGGAUCAACUUUGUUCGUGAGAAGCCACAUGAAGUGAUUGUGGAAAUAAUGUUAGGACAUUGAGUACCACCACUUUGAAGUGGCUUGUCAAAAUUUUGCCUGACUUCAUUUGUUUGGUUUGUCUGUCUGUGUGUGCACACCAUGAUAGCGUAAAUCCAGUGAACAAUGAGUCUUUGUGUGUAGUCCUCAGUCAGAGUUCUAAGUUAUUAAAAAACAUUGGUCUACAUUUAUUAGGCAUGACCUGAUGAUACAGUGUUAAUGUUAGCAGGGGAUGGCUGAGUAGAAAGUUUAUUGUUUAUUUUUUAAAGUCUGCUUUUGUCUAGCUGGCUACAUUUGAACCUUUCAUAAAGAUUUCUGUUCAUCUGUAAUAAGUAUAAAUUCUUUAAGCUGAAGCAUGUAAACCAGCUGUAUGUAUGAUAUGUAUGGAGUAAAGGUUAAAAAUGUCAAUUUUCCAGGCAGGUUGUCAGCAGAAUGCCAAGGUUGCUGUAGUAAGAUUGAUUUUCAUCCAUCCUUUAUUCAGCCUUGAGUACAACCCCUUCAGCCUAAACUGGUUUUCAAGUUUUUUGUAGAUAAAGUUUCAUUAAUUAUUUAUAGUAACAGUUAAUACGCUUCAUUCGUUCGUCCCAUAGCCUUUUAAUCAGCCGUACUAUUCACGCUUCACUAUUCCAUAAUCGCAUCCCGUUUGUCAGUCCAUAAUUACUCGUUUGCAUGUCUUAACAUGUUCUUUAAAGUUAGUACUCAGUUUGCCUCUCUUAGGUUUGGUCCUGAACUGUUCCAUUGCAUUGUACUCGAGUAGGAGAUUGCUCUUCUGAACAAUUCUCUAUGGACCAUUGGUACUUACAAUAAGUAUGAUCCACUUUGUCAUAUUGUUCUAGCUGCCCUGUCCCUAUAGUAGGUGAAUGUAUGUGAUGUAUGCUAGAAACUCAAGUACAUGUAGGAACAAGGUGAAACAUAAUUGUUGUGGAAUUGCUUGGGAUAUACCUUGUGCAAUAACUUACAUGCUAUUGGCUUAUCUUGGUGAGGAAGCUUUUCAAUAAAAGAUGUUUGAAUUAA